CACAGGUUUACCUUUUCUUCUGGUUUUGUUCACUAUAUAGUGAUCUUCAAAUAGCUAUAAAUCGUCUUAUAGCAAUUGGAUGGCCAUUAAUGUACAAUCAGACUUUUGCUGGGAAAAAACUCAUUUACUUUAUUGGUGGCUUUUGUAUUCUAUCUUUUAUUCAUGCUCUCGUAUUCAGCACACAUGAUUGUUCACAAUGGUUUGACACAACGACAUUUUCAUUUACCAUUCGUGCUACCACCUGCGGUUACAUCGGAACUUAUUACACAAUC